UAGCGAGCCGCACAGAUUGUUAAUUCCUGGAGAGCGCGCUGCACGUAGUGCUGCGGAUCACAGGAAAACUUAAGUUCGAAGUUUCGUAAAUAAGUAAACUCACUAGUUACGAAUCUCAACUUACGCGUGUAAUUUUUCAGUUUCAAAGUGUUGUGUUCAAAGACUUUAUGAAGAUGAUGUCCUUAGUGUUGUUCGUUUUGGGAGCUGUAGUUCUAGCAACAACAGAAGGGUGUGGCGUUGGAAGACAAAUAAUAAAAUCUGGAGGAAUGUCGGCAUUUGAGAAACAAGCGAUCGUGGAUGCACAUAAUCGUCUUAGGCAAUCAGUUGCUCUUGGACAAAUCUCCGGUCAACCACCAGCUGCUAACAUGAUGGAAAUGUCGUGGGAUGAAGAGUUAGCAGCGACAGCACAACGUUGGGCUAACCAGUGCACUCCCGCCCACGAUCAAGCUUCUCAACGUGAUGUUGGUCGCUUUCCUGUGGGCCAGAACCUCGCUGCUACUUGGACCACACGCCCUCCUAGUGAACCCAUAGAUUCCCAACCUGAUUUCAUGACUCAAAUCAAUGCCUGGUUUGAUGAAGUCCGCCUAUUCGGAUUCAAGCCAAUCAGCGGAGGGCAUGGCACCGGUCAUUAUUCACAGUUGGUUUGGGGCGAAACAUCUAAAGUAGGCUGUGGAUUUACUUUCUACUACGACAACUCAAAAGGUUACACCCGGUUGUAUGUAUGCAACUAUGGACCAGGUGGAAACGUUAUUGGUGUCAGUCCCUACGAAAAGGGUUACCCGUCCUGCAGUAACUAUGGCCUUACAGAUUCGCUGAAAUAUUCAGGUCUUUGCUUGGCCGGAUAUAGUACUACUUCAAACUACCAAGUAGAAAAUACCAACAGCUACAUCUCGAAUGUCAUCCCCGGCAGCACCGGAGAAACUCAAGCUUAUAAUUAUCAAUAUAACAAUCAGUACUAUAACCAAUAUAACAACCAAUACCAAUAUCAAUACCAGCAACCAGAUCCUUAUUACCAGCCUGUUAUCUCAUCAACUUUCAGACCAUUCAUUAGUAUUUUCAAAAGAGCAACAAAUUUAUUAACCAAACCAAAAGGACAAGUUCGAAUUGGAACCUUAUAUUCAUAAAUAUUGGCACAAUAUAGUGGAUAUAGCAGUAUUUUGUAAAUGUGACAGUUGUGUUACUCGACUGAUUAUUCGGAACUGCAUAGCGGUUUCCGGAACUUCGUAGAUAAUUUGUUAUUCCUUGGUUUUACAAGGAACUUAAUAAGAUAUUUUUCUACUUUAAUUCGCCAAUAUUAGGAAGGUCUCAAUUACGUGAAAUUGAGAACUGCGAUUUUGCUAUGCUGUCGUGAAUGGCCUUCUUGUGUUGUAACUGUGAGUGUAAGAGAGUGUUGUUAUUUGACUAUAUUUAUAAUAUAAUAUUA